GUGAGAUAAACAGGGUCACCUGCAGCCCUACAGACCGAGCCGUGCGUGUCCUUCAGUUUAACAUUGACACAAGGAUACUUAACACCUUCCUGCCCCUGCCCCCCUUUCUCACCCGGGCUGACCCUCUUUUAACUCUGGGCUGGCUGAUUUCUGGAGGCUUUAAGCUAAAGCUGAGCAUAACUGGGCUGCUGCUGCUGGAAGAAGAGAAGGAGGGGGGGAUUGGAAAAGGCACCGCGUUAAAGCGUUAAGUAACUUAACGGAGAAGAAGCAGCAGCAGGCGGACGGACACUCGGCUGACUCAGGAACGACAAACAUAAGACUGUUGUCUACUUGGUUAAACCUGAAGGUUGAGGGGGAAGAAAGGGUGUCUGGCUGACUGCAUCUAUUCCCUGCUCUGCUCUCCUACAUACUUACACACCUCACCACUCUGCUCUGGAGAUCGGAAGAGAACUGGGCUGCUCUCUCACAUGAUGUACACAAUAACCAGAGGUCCCAGCAAACUAGUGACACAACGGAGGACAGGCCCAACGCAGCAGAUCGACAGCAAAUCCAACGACUUAAAGCACAAACAGAAUCACUGGCUUGAGUCUAGCUCACCGGCACCUAAAAUUGUCUUUCAGCGCUUGAAUGGAAAGCGCUACCACAGAUCGACCUCGCCAAAAGAGGACAACACAGUGGAAGGCUUCACUCCAGCACAUGAAGAAAAUGUCAGAUUUGUAUAUGAAGCUUGGCAGGAGGUGGAACAGAAGCUUGGGGAUGGAGCCCAACCAGGCAACGGGAAAGGCCCAGUGCAGUACGCCGAGAGGAGUCCUAACCCCAGCAUGAAGAACUUUGUGCCUAUUGAUCUGGAGGAGUGGUGGGCUCAGCGCUUCCUGGCCAACAUUGCCAACCUGUCAUGACCGGUGCAGGACAGGACAGAGCAGCAGCGGGACACGGAGCUGGACUUUGGUGGAGGAAGAGAGGUGUGGGUGUGAGUGGGUGGGGCUCAGGCUGACUCCUCAGGUGAACUAAGCUGAGCUCUCUAGCGCCACUACAGGACACUGCAAGGCCAAACAUGAGGAGAAGCAGAAAGAGGCUGAACUCUGGAGUCCUGGCCUCGGCCUGGCAGGCCAGUCUCUCUUACCCACUCCCACACGCAGACAACACAGAAAGAGAUGAUUGUGAUCUGAGAUUUUUCUUCUGCUUUUGUUUCUUUCUAACAACCUUCCUGCAAUUGUGCCGAAAAGGAGACGUCUGUUUUUUUGUGGCCGGUCUUUGCAUAAAAAAUGUGAAAAAAUGUGAUAAAAACAGUAAAUUGUUUUUCAAAAA